AUGGAGGAAUGAUGGAAAAAGUAUGUCAACCUUAUUCCUUCUGCUGGGAUUUUUUACCCUGAAGAGAACUGAUGUAAUCUAUCAUCAUCUCAAGGCUAUAGAAUCCAAACUUAUAGAUUUAGCCACAGUCAUCCUAAAGGUAUAGUCUUUAUGUUUCAUGGUCUAAGAAGCAAUGCUGACUACCCCCUAGCCAACGACAAGAAUUUUUGCUUGCUAAUGAUGAUUAAUUUUUUUUCAGAAAAUUAUCCAAAAAUAUAAAAAAAUACUUUUAUUUAGAAUCGAUUAUAUUUAAAUUGAAAAUUUAAUUUAUUUAUAAAAUUUAUGUUAGAAAAUAGCUAUCUAAAAUGUAAUAUAAUUUGCUUGAGAUAUCUUUAUUAUGAUCAUUUAUUACCAUUAAAAUAUAUUUGCUAAAUAUAGGAUUCUUCUAAUGAUUUUGCUCGUUAAUUAAGUGAUGGAGUGAGUAUUUAAGCUACAUUUCCAAAUUCCUCUAUGAAAAUGGCUAUACAGUGCUAGCUAUGGAUCAACAAGGCCAUGGAAAAAGUGAAGGACCUAGGAGCCUAAUAGCGAGCGUAAAUUAUCUUAUAGAUGACUCAUUAAAAUAUAUAGAGAAAGGUUUAGAGUUGUAUGAUAGAAAUUUACCUGUUUUUUUAUUAGGAGAAAGCUUAGGAGGUUGCAUUUCACUUCAGUUAUCUCUUCGUUGCCCAGAAGCUUUUAGAGGGCUGAUUCUGCUAGCACCUGCUGUAGGGGUUUCACAAUAUGGAGAAGGAAUCGCUAAAAAAUUCACAAGAUUUGUAUCAUGAAUGAAGCCAAACAUGAGACUUAUUAGUAGGUCUCAGUCAAAAGCCUCGAAGAAUCCCUCUUUUCCUGACUGGCAUAGAGAUAAUCCAUUGAUUGAUAAAACUGGGCUCCCAAUUAUUAGCGCUAACGCACUUCUGCAAGGCCUAGAAGAUUUACAAAAGCAAGUAAAAAAUAUAAUAGUACCGUUUCUGACUAUACAGGGAGGAAAGGACUAUAUUAUAAGCGCUAAAGUAACACAAUGAUUUGUAAAACAAGCAAAAUCAGCUGAUAAAAAUAUGAUAUUUUAUGAUAACUUGUAUCAUUCAAUUGGUGCGGAGCCAGAAAUUGAUGAAAUUCUCCAGCAAAUCCUUAAUUGGAUGAGCGCAAGAAUUUAA